AUGGCUAGCCGUCAAUUCGUCGACCCAGUUCAACUUCUCAGAAUCACACCUCUGAUCGCCGCAACCUUGACCCUCGACCAUGCCUUUGACAGCAACCUCUUCCUGUCGGCGCUCAACCAGCCCGAAACGCGCUCGAAAAGCAACGCUGCUCUCUCCACCUACUUUCCCGUCGUCUCUCACGCUGGCUUCUACCGUCGCCUGACUUCAAUCUCCUUGACUGUUGUUGCUUCUGUCGCAAACCUCUAUUCUCGUGGUAGCCCGGCACGACCCUGGUACCGCGCUGGAGCCAUACUCGCAGUCGCACAUUUCAUCUUCAUGCCCUUCAUGAUCGCGUCCAAGGAGGCUAUUCGUACAAACCACCCUGCAAGAGACGCAAAUAUCGCUCUAGAUGAGUGGCUCUGGUUCAACAGGCUGAGGNGUGUGACCGUUGAUCUGGCUGCUUUCCUGACUCUAGGCGUCGCUGUUGUCAAGAGCUUGGGCAAUUGA